CGAGAAGCCAGCUCAAUUACUUAACAGCGAAGAAGCGGAGUAUGGUCGUCCUCUCCAACGGCUUACUGUUGUCUACAUCCUAUGGUACACCUCACGCUCAGUACUAGCAAGGGCAAUAACAUCCGCUACUUCCCGUACUGUGGCCAUUUGGGUCUUACGCCUGUUAAAGUCGAAGGAGUCGUACGAACGAGGCUCGACGCUGAUCUCAAGCCGCUUCCCGCGAAAUCAAUCACCAUAUCCGUUCGAUGCUAUGAGGCGAAGCUAGGCCUUCUCGGGGUCGUGCAAUCGAACGUGCUAGUGGACUAUACGCAAGUGCUAUGGUCCAACCCCGAUGCACAUGAAGAGUACAGAGAGAUCGGCGAUCUUGAAUUCCCCUUCCGAAUCUCGUUGCCAGCGAAGGUUGCGGGAUUCAGUUCCGCACUUUAUGCCUCGUUGUACCGAUGCACAUGGCGCGUCGAAGCCAUCGUCAACCAUGCUCCGAUUACAGGCGUUGGAUCGCGAACCAUGCGGUACUCCGAGUUGCCUUUACGACGGUUCGGCCUCCCAAGGUCUUCGACACCCAUUUCAAAGGCCGUGUUGAACGAUGAGGUUCAACACCCUCAUUUACCACCCAUCCGUUUCUCUCUCCACGCACCCACAACACCCAUUGGACCUCUUGAUCUUGUCUCCAUCCCCAUCCAUCUGACGUCCUCAGAUCCCAGCGUUGCUGUCCGUAGUGCGAGUGCCAUCGUCGAACGUCGCAUGCGUUUUCUGGAGCUGGCUCCUUCACCUUCAAUUCCUUCGGCAACUAAUUCUUCGACCCUACAAUCGCUCGGGAGUUCCCAGGCAACCUCACCUCUCCCUAUACCGCAGCGCAAAGCCUCAUCCUCGUCGCUCUCAUAUUCCCCGUCGUCAUACCCUGAAUCGACCGUAUCCACUUUGAAUGCCUCUGACAAUCGCUCGUCGAGCUCCAUUACGGUACACUCUAUCGCAGGGACUGAAUCGUCCGGUUCCUUCCACCGAUCAGAGUCCGGUGUCUGGAGCAAAACGCUCACAUUACAAUGGCCAGCGGCGAAAUCUAACAGUCGAUGGUCCAUUGGGGAGUCUAUAGAAUCCGAGCUGGUGUCGAUCAAAUUCGUCCUGCGAGUCAAGGCGGUUGUUUCAUCGUCUUCUGGAACUGAGUCUUUAGAACUCCCUGAGAAAGAGCUGGUGAUCAUUGCAACGAAUGAAGCCGAACGUCAACUUGCCCUUUCUCAGACUCAAGAAGGCCAUCAGGGCACAAGAUCAAAAUCCAAGUCCCCUCGGCGGUCGCACCGAAUCGACAACGACGUUCCCCCGAUACCAGCCACAGCACAUACGGAAAGCUCCCAUCGUCUCACAUCUUCCUCGCCUCAUGGGCUGGUCUGUGCCUCCCGACCGUCACGCAGGCCGCACACCAGUGCUGGCCCAAGCGACCAAUCGCGAGCACGCUCAUUCCCUCAUGAACCCGCGGCUCUUGAUCUCUUCCAAAGCCCCGAAAAGCUCGCAGCUGUGCCUUCCAGCGGUGGUGAGCUUGGGGCCGCUGCCGAUAGUGGCAGCAGCGCUAGCAGCACUAGUAUAAGCACCUCUAGUAGCUACAACAACCCGUUGGACGAUGUGAAGGUGGCAGAAUGGGAACAAGAGCUGGCCCGGAUCGAGAUGAGAAGUCGGCGUUCCAGCGACUUAGUGGGGUUUUCGAGCAAGAGAGGGAGUAUGCGGCCUGCAGUAAUUUGACUUCUCGUGUGUGUAUUGUACUUCACUUAUCAUUCGUAUUGUAUAUUACUUAGUCUCAGUCACGAGCCGUUACUGGCACAGCACAUACCUCAAGCUUGUCCUCCUCCACUACUAGCAAUCAAAAUCGGCCCGAUGCCUCCAGCAUUCCCUAUCGGAAGAUUCACCGCGCUAACGGCCACAUUGGUCGGCGCCGGACUAUUACUGCUCAAUACUACUGUUCCGAGCGAAGAAGAAGCUUACAAGCGACUGUCGCCUGGAGAGAGACAGCGCGUCGAUGAGGCCCGAGCUCGUCGUGCCGCGCAGGAAGCAGAGAUCCGCAGGAAGGUAUUCGCGAAGGAGCCACUUGACUCGGACUCAUUCCGGCCAACUUGGGUCGACGUCUCCAAAAAGUAGACCCAUGCAUGGAAGGGGAGAUAUAUGUAUGUGAUAUUCAUUCCGGACCGGCUCUAUAUGCGCUACAAUACACCGAUGAUUACGAUAUUAACGAAGUGGGUAAAUGUCCCUCGUGUACAACUGGGAAUAAGACAGUUCACCGAAUCGCAUUCAUUGCGUUCCGCCAUGAGACGCACCACUGAAUAGGUCAGCAACUAGUCUGACAGAACGCGAGAUUACACACCCGAAAUAGCCGGGAGCAUCUUCCUGGGGUACUUUCGUAGGCGUGGUUUCGUUCGGGCUGUCUCCCAGGAGGGGCGCGUGGGCUACAAACGAGUCUCCAUCCGAAUCCGGCGAAGAGGGCAGAUUGUCGUAGGUAGCUCCACCCAUGACUGACGAUGUCGUGGAAAGAACAGAGGCCAUAGAGUCCUGAUGAAUGGGAGGAGCUGGCCGGAUAACAGUAGUCAGGUUGGGUUGUUCAGCGACUGCUUCGCUCGAAGCUGUUGUCUCGGACUCGAAUGCGACCUCGGGUCCAACAGACUCCUCACGGAGAACAUGAGGCUCUACGGAGGUCGUGGGAGGUUCUGCAGAGACCACCAGCGUCGGCGGGGCUUCCACCUCAGAACUGUCGCUCAUAGAGGUGAUUUGCUCGUUCCCAGCGGCAGUCACGACCGCAGACGCCGUUGAGACGGCACUUAGUGCUGCAGUAAGUGUCGAAAACGGCGGAGGACUGGAAGUGCGUCGUCGCCAGCCGUUUGCCGUAUCCCUGAGAGCUUGGAGAGGGCUGGGAGACGGCGAUCUGCUACGGGACGGAUUCUUGUUCACAUCGAGUGUGUUAGCCGCCUGGGAGGCAGAGGGUAGGAGAUUAAUGCUGCUUGUCGAGCGAGCUUCGAUGGUAGACGGUCCCGGCCCUGCUAAUGCGGGUGCGGAGAUCGAUGUCGAUGGUGCUGUAGGCUGCUGUUCUGUGCUUCCACUUUCCGUUUUCUCUUUCUUCUUCUUCUCCUCCGCUUCUUUCCGUUGCUGAUUCUCGUGCUCAAUCAACGAGAGUCGCAUUGCUUCCAUCAUCAUGAGCUAGGAAUGUGAGACAACGGCCAAUCGUAGAAAAGAAGCAAAGCAAACCUCUUCCAGUUCCUGCCCACCCAUCCCCAUAAAUUGCUCCAUACCACCAUUGCCAGCACCCGGCUGUCUUCGACGAGAUCGUCGGCUGACCUCUGUGCCAGGGUUCUCUGCCUGGGCAGCAGCUUCUUCGGGGCUGAGCGCAUGGACGCGUCCGCUAGUCACUCCCACAGGAAUGAGCCGAUCUCCCACCUGCCGCAUGAUGAUCCUCCUGUUUGCCCGACGAGCAACAGCGGCUCGGACAGCGGCGAGCUUGGCCUCCCAGUCAGGACGGAUGUGAUCUGAGAUGUGGGCUCGUCGAUGACUGGAGACCACAGCUAGUAUACGCACCAGUAAGAACAACUUCCGCGCUAUCAGCACUGAAACUCUUCUGACGUCGUUUAUGAGUAGGGUAUGGAGCUGCAGUCUCGAUGGAUGGUGAAGAGCUCUUCGACGAUUCAGACCAAUUGGAAUGCUAGAAUCUUGGGUGAGGGGGCGGAGGGAUACAUUCCAGACGAACUCACCGAUCCCUCCGGCGUGAUACCUGCUCUCCAGGGAGGUGGGGUGUAUACAAUACCGAAAUUGUCUUGCACACAGUAGGGACAAGCGGCCGGUUCCGAGACGAGAUGUGUAGUUGUCGGCUCGUUGCGUUUGAUUUGAACAAAACACUCGGUGCAGAUGGCUUGGUCGCAACACCGAGAGUGAUUUAUGUUUGGCGGAUAGUACUGUGCAUAGACAUGAGCAUGGCACACGACAUUGGCCGUCGAAUCUGCUGACCAGAAAGCAGAUAGGGCAUUCGACAGCACCUCGAUAUAACGCAGCUUCAGCCUUGCUGGGUUCCUUGAGAGAGCCAGGUCGUUUGGACGAUUUGGGGACUGACGGGGGCUGCGAGGGCUGUUGUUCCCCAUCACUGUCGGGUAGCUGCUUCCGUGCAGCGAGAAUCUGGUCAUCAUCCCAGGACUCGUCAAAGUCUUCAAGGGGUCUGUAGAAUGGCGCUAGCCGCCUGGCGAUGAUGAACUGGGCGGUGAUAGACUGAUUCCAAUCUCGAGGUCCUGUGUAGACACCUUGAGGAACAAGUUGGCCGUAGUCGACCGAGUCGUCCUGGGGUCGUCCGGAAGAGGAGUUGUUACCCAUCGACCUCGUGUUUCAAAUUCAGUUCGCGAAUGCUGAGAAUUGACGGUGUGUGCCUGCUGCUCAACUCCCCGCAGAUGUUGGCGCAAGACAGCCCGUGUAGCUUGGCACUGUUUGUACUUGGGUCUUUCCCUGGUCCUCUCCUCGCAAGUUGCCGCAUUUCGCCACUACGGCUGCAACGCAAACAGCGACGCGACGAUUGCCCUGUGUACGGCGGCCUGUCUAUCUAGUCAUUUGCGCCCUUAGAUUGGAUAUUCGGCACUUUCAUCCUUCAGUCGCCGGGCUGACGUGUCUGAAUCUCUAGCACCCACGUGCUCGUAUAAAAUUCCACAGCUUUCGUUCCUUACCCUUACACUGCCCUUGAACCAGACAUGGAGGCUCCCUGGGCUUUGACUUCUCAGGAAGUUUUGGACCAUUUUGGUGUCGAUAUCGAACGCGGUCUCACCUCGGACCAAGCUGCGAAGCAUGCGCAAAUCUAUGGGAAGAAUGAACUCCCUGAGGAACCAUCCACUCCUCUCUGGGAAUUGAUUCUCGAGCAAUUUCAAGACCAGUUGGUCCUUAUAUUGCUGGCUUCCGCGGUCAUCUCCUUCGUUCUCGCCUUAGUCGAGAACACGGAGGAGUCCUCGUUUGCCACAGCUUUCGUCGAACCGCUUGUGAUCUUGUUAAUUCUUAUCGCCAAUGCUGCCGUCGGAGUGAUACAAGAGAGUAACGCUGAGAAGGCCAUCGACGCUCUCAAAGAAUACUCCCCAGAUGAAGCCAAGGUUGUUCGGUCAAGUCAAGUGGCUCGCAUCCAUGCCUCUGAACUCGUGCCGGGAGAUAUUGUGUCGGUGGCUGUUGGAGACAAGAUUCCUGCGGAUUGUAGACUGCUCUCAGUGUCAUCGAGCAGCUUCCGUGUCGACCAAGCCAUUCUUACUGGAGAGAGCGUCAGCGUCAACAAAUACGUCGAUGCAGUCACGGACCUCAAGGCUGUUAAACAAGAUCAGACGAAUUUGCUCUUUUCUGGCACCACCGUCGUGAAUGGCACAGGCAAAGCAGUCGUCGUUCUCACCGGCGCGAAGACUGCUAUCGGAGAUAUUCACAAGUCCAUCAGUUCCCAGAUUUCAGAGAAGACGCCCCUCAAACGCAAACUGGACGACUUCGGUGACAUGCUCGCUAAAGUUAUUUCUGUCAUCUGCAUUCUUGUCUGGCUUGUCAACAUUCGGCACUUCUGGGACCCUUCACACCAUGGCGCCCUGAAGGGUGCCAUCUACUACUUCAAGAUCGCAGUUGCACUAGCAGUAGCUGCCAUUCCGGAGGGUCUUGCUGCGGUCAUCACGGCUUGUCUUGCGCUUGGCACCAAGAAAAUGGCCCAGAAGAACGCUAUUGUGCGCAAUCUCCCCAGUGUUGAGACUUUGGGAUGCACAAACGUCAUCUGCUCCGACAAGACAGGAACCUUGACGACCAACCAGAUGAGCGUGUCCCGGGUGAGCUUUCAUGUCUCGCUCAUCACGGAGAUUCUGAAUAGCCCUCAGUUCUUGGUCAUAGACGGCAAAACAAUGAGCCCACGGGAGUUCACGGUCGAGGGCACCACGUUCUCGCCGUAUGGGUCUGUGAAAUCCGCUGAGGGCAACGACGCCUCUGCUGAACUCAAGUCAGACGCCAUCCAGCGGCUUGCGGAGAUCAGUGCUGUCUGCAAUGACUCUAAAAUCAUCUACAAUGCUGAUAAGGCGGCAUACAGCAAUGUUGGAGAGCCGACAGAAGCAGCCUUGAAGGUUCUUGUUGAAAAGCUGGGCUGUACCGAUGCGGAACUGAGCAAAUCUCUCGCCACUCUGGCUCCCGAAACCCGUGUCGGCGCUGUCAACCAGUUCUUCGAGAGCACCAUCGCGCGCUUGCUCACUUUCGAGUUCUCUCGGGACCGUAAAAUGAUGUCUGUGCUUGUCAAGGCGCACGGGUCCGGCGCACUUUUUGCCAAGGGAGCUCCUGAAUCAGUUCUGGAGCGCUGCACCUCGGCUCAGGUGAAUGGCAGCGUCGUUCCUCUGACUCCUCAACUUCGAGCGGCAAUUCUGGCAAAAACUGUUGUCUACGGAGCGAAUGGUCUUCGCACACUGGCGCUGGCGUACGCUAACAUCCAGGACCUCGAUGUCUCCCACUACAAGGCGGAAAACUCCAGUGAUUACGCACGCUUCGAACAGAAUCUCACCUUCGUAUCGCUUGUCGGCAUGUUAGAUCCUCCCCGCCCCGAAGUUCGUGAAGCUGUGGCGAACUGCAAAGCCGCAGGAAUCCGUGUCAUCUGCAUCACCGGGGACAACAAGGGAACGGCAGAGACCAUCUGUCGCCAGAUUGGCAUCUUUGGAGAAAAUGAAGAUCUCAGCGGAAAGAGUUACACAGGCCGUGAGUUGGACGACCUGUCCGAGGCAGAAAAGAUCGAAGCUGUGCAACGGGCCAGCCUCUUUUCGCGGACUGAACCAUCCCACAAGAGCCAAUUGGUAGAUCUAUUGCAAGGGCUAGGUUUGGUGGUGGCAAUGACUGGGGACGGAGUAAACGAUGCUCCUGCGCUCAAGAAAGCCAACAUUGGUGUUGCCAUGGGCAGUGGUACCGAUGUGGCAAAACUCGCGGCCGACAUGGUUCUUGCAGACUCCAACUUUGCAACAAUAGAGAAGGCCGUGGAAGAGGGUAGACUUAUCUAUAACAAUACAAAACAAUUCAUUCGCUAUCUUAUUUCCUCUAACAUUGGAGAGGUCGUCAGUAUAUUCCUUACCGUGCUUCUGGGGAUGCCAGAAGCUCUAAUUCCGGUACAACUGUUGUGGGUCAACCUGGUGACCGACAGUCUGCCAGCGACCGCUUUGGGCUUCAAUCCUCCAGAUCAUUCGAUCAUGCGUGUCCCGCCGCGGGACAGUCGUGAGCCCUUGGUCGGAAAAUGGCUAUUCUUCCGAUACAUGGUUGUUGGGACGUAUGUUGGCUGUGCCACGGUCGCCGGAUAUGCGUGGUGGUUCAUGUUCUACUCGCAAGGGCCCCAGAUCUCCUUCUAUCAAUUGACGCACUUCCACCAAUGUUCGGCCUUGUUCCCUGAGAUCGGCUGCCAAAUGUUUACCGACAUCAUGGCCCGUCGUGCAACGACCAUCAGCCUGUCGAUCCUCGUCACAGUCGAAAUGUUCAAUGCUAUCAACUCGUUGUCAGAAAACGAAAGUCUGCUUGCACUCCCCGUGUGGAAGAAUCCGUUCUUGGUUGCUGCUGUUGCCCUCAGCAUGGGGCUGCACUUCAUGAUUCUCUACUCGCUAUUCGCGAUCACGCCCCUCAACUGGGCGGAGUGGCAAGCUGUGCUGUACUUCAGUGCACCGGUCAUUCUCAUCGACGAGAUCCUCAAGUACAUCUCUGCGACAUUCAUAAGCCCUCCGACCAAGUUGAAGCUGGAUUGAUUUGCAAUGCAAAUCUCUGUGUAAAUAGCCUGGGGCGUGAAUCAUUGGGUUCUUUCAGUAAUGAAUUCUGUUUGGUUGUGUGUACUGUGUACAGUUGCAAUCCACUAACCCCUGUGCGGCAACCUGCUCCUAUUCGCUUGAUAUAUCGCCUCGCUCCUUCACACUUUUCUGAACUUUGCGCUCAUUCUAAUCCGACCCUAUGCUCUCUUCUUCUCUCUCAAUCCUCGCUCUGGCUGUUCCUCUCGCUUUGGCGGCUCAUCCGUCGUCUCAUGUCAACCGCGGCCACCAUGAGUUAGCUCAAAGGUCGAGAGCCGAGAACUCCUUGGAGAAAAGGGCUUCUUAUUCCGGCGUGCGAUUUACUUUCUACGAAGCCGGCCUAGGUGCCUGUGGUCACGUCAACACGGAUUCCGAUUAUAUCGUUGCGCUCAGUCAAGAUGUUUUUGGAUGGACCUACCCCAGUCCAUGGUGCGGCCAACAAAUCGAAAUCAGAUAUAAGGGCAAGAGCGCAAUUGCGACUAUCAUGGACUCGUGCCCUGGAUGUUCCAACGGUGACCUCGAUUUCACUCCUGGCCUGUUUUCGCAUUUUGCAUCCCAGGAUGCAGGUGUCAUCUACGGAGAUUGGAGCACCACAGGCGAUAAGGGUGGUGGCGACACAACCACUUCAACGCAUGAGAAGACCACGAGCACAAGCCAGAAAACAACUUCAACAACCAGCACUACCAGCACACACCACACCACUUCAACGCAUGCAUCUACGAGCACGACGACGACGACGUCGUCGUCGUCCUCAUCGUCGUCUUCAUCGUCAUCCACGACCUCGAUCUCAACCACACUGGCAGCGAGCUCUCAGUCCGCCCUUUCGUCGUCUGCGUUGUCAACAGUUGUCUCGAGCUCAGCCAGCCCGUCGGCAUCGGCUUCCCUCGCUCCGGCUACUGGCACCAAUGUACCGCCGACGUCGUCCAAUCCGGAAAAUCUCUACACCUUCUCCCAGGCAAUACUUGGUCUUUUGGGUGUCGUUGUUCACGGCCCAGCAUAGCAUAUCGUUAUGUAAUAUUUUAUGCCCCUCGUCUCCUUAGUGCUGGACAACUUUGUGUGACAAGA